UGUACUAUCCUCGAUUGUUGAGAAUAUAGCAAAAGAAAAAAAUCAUAAAGAAUUUCAAUCUGAGAACGAUGUUCAAUUUUUCAAUUUACAAAUGGAUAAAAAUGAAAGUGAUUUUAAAAAUUUUGAAGAUGACCAUCUCAAGAAAUUGUCUGAAUAUUCUUCUUUGUUCGAUUUGGAGAAAGAUAAGCUUCUCGAAGAAUGUGGAAGUCUUCAUGCAAUAACUUGUUUAAAAUCUCAUGAAAGAGCUCUUAGUUUUCUGGGAGGUACAGCAGUUGAUUUCUUUACUAGUUUGGAAUGCCUCGACUAUGUUCUCGAUAAAUCGGACCAGGAAGAAAGAGAGACACUUAAAGUAUUGCCGAAAUCAUCCAAUGAUCAUCUGAUUCUAGAGUUAUCAACGAAGAGGUUAUUCUGGGCUAGAGCAUUUGUUGGCGUCAUAAAAAGGAUUUUAGAUAGUUUAUUCCAUUUAAGAACUAUCAUAGAGAUGCGAAGAAAUUCUGUCGCUAGCUAUUUAUACGAAGUGAAAAUAGGAGAAGCGAACGAAAAAGAUCCUCCUGUAUUGGAAUGCAACUCAAUAGAAACAGGAGAUACUCGAUUGUCUGUUACUUCAUUUUGUAAAGCUUUCCCAUUUCAUUUUGUUGUUGACCGCAAUCUAAAGUUAACUCAAGUAGGUUUAGGUUUAUCUAAACUUAUUGGAGAUAGAAGUAAGAAAAUUAGAGGAUGUAAUAUCAUGAAAUUCUUUCGAAUACAACAACCCAAAAUAUCUCCUUGCUUUCAAGCUAUUUACGCUAAGAUGAACAUGCCUUUUUUCUUAACCAUUCACAAUUGUCACAAACAAGUCGAGGAGAUGUCGUUAAAAGGGCAAAUGAUAUAUUGUCCAGAAUCAGACUCAUUAUUAUUCUUAGGAUCUCCAGUUGUAAACGGUUUAGACGAGAUGAAUGCUAGAGGUUUGUACUUAUCUGAUAUCCCCAUCCACGAUGCUACAAGGGAUAUCAUUUUAGUAGAGGAGCAGGUGCGAGCUCAAGACGGAUUGAAAAGGAGGAUGGACAAGCUAAAGAACUCCAUACAAGAAGCCAAUAAAGCUGUCGAAGUUGAAAGAAGAAAGAACGUAGAUCUGUUGCACUUGGUUUUUCCUCCUAACGUUGCUAGAAAAUUGUGGCUCGAUUUCAACAGAAUUAAGUAUUUUACCGUGCAACCGCAUCCUAAAGAGGAAUCUACAGGUAAACCACAUAAAAUAAGAAUUGAUGUAAUAUCGAAUUGUACUGUACUUGGUAAUGAUGAUGAUGUAGAUGAUGGUAGCGAUAAUGCUGAUAUAGGUGAUGUUAACGAUGAUGCUGAUACGGGGAUGAUGGCAAUGAUGAUGUAA